AUGGGUUCUUAUUUCACAGGCUGCAAUUUUGUGAAGCGACUUUCGAUAAUACAAGUAGAAGAAGAUCGUGAGGAAGACGAUGAUGAUGAUGUAGACGAUGAGGAUGAAGAAGAUGAUGAGGAGGAAGACGACGAUGAUGACGAUGAUGAUGACGAUGAAGAAGAUGACGAGGAUGACGAAGAAGAGGAAGAAGAUGAUGAAGAAGAUGAAUCGUAG